CGUGGCUCGCACAGACGAGGUUCGAGUUUCGAUAAUGGCACCUAAAGCGAGCGGCAAAGCGGUGAAGAAGUCGGGCAAGGCCCAGAAGAACAUCACCAAGGGCGACAAGAAGAACAGGAAGAAGCGCAGGAAGGAGAGCUACGCCAUCUACAUCUACAAGGUGUUGAAGCAGGUUCACCCGGACACUGGUGUGUCGAGCAAAGCCAUGAGCAUAAUGAACAGCUUCGUGAACGACAUUUUCGAGCGCAUCGCCGCCGAAGCUUCGCGUCUCGCUCACUACAACAAACGCUCGACCAUUACGUCCCGGGAGAUCCAGACAGCCGUGAGGCUCCUGCUACCCGGUGAGCUGGCCAAGCACGCCGUCAGCGAAGGCACUAAAGCCGUCACCAAGUACACCAGCUCAAAGUAAAUUCUUUACGAUUUACUCCGCAAUGAACAAUCGGCCCUU